AUGUCAAUCAAUAAGUCAUGCAAUAGAUCCGGUGCCCAGAAGAUGGCGCCGCCUGCCGGAAGUCUGCCGGCCUGCGCGGGAUGCCGCCGCGAAAUUACGAGCAGCCGCUACUUGCAGUGCAGUAAGUGCUCUCAGUAUUGGGACCUCGAAUGUGCCAACGUACCGGAAUGUAGCUUCUUGAAUACUAUGACAAAGGAGCACAGGGCUAAUUGGACAUGCCCCGAAUGCGCCUGCAAACAUCGGAAGGGAGGCGAUAAUGCCGAGACACCGGUGAAGCUCCAGACGGAUAAUCCCUACGGCAACGUCAAUACCCGUCGCGACACGGCCGGGCACCACGGAUACUUCCUGGAUGAGAGCGGAAUGACCCUGGACGAUCAGACGGACGAGGGUGAUCCAAGCGCGUUGGAGCAGCUGCCGGCGCCGUCGACCAGGGAAGAGCCGCGGCUGACAUCGAUGGCUAAUAAUAACCACCCGCCGCUGGUAACACUCGGCGGGGCGACACUAGGCGAGGCUACACUCGGUGAGGUGAUCAGGGAGAUCAGACUCCUCAGGGAAGUUAUGCGCGAGGAGCUGAAGGCUACGCGCGCCGAUGUCGCCUCUAUCAGAGAUAACUUGCUGCAGUUGUCUGGGAGAGUGGAGCGCUGCGAAAGCUACGUCAACGGAAUCGACGGGCGAAUGAAGGCGAUGGAGGAGCGACUGCGUCGGGAUAGCGAGGUUGGCGGGCCGCGUCUUGACGAGUUCGAGCGAAGACUCGAGGCGGCGGAGCGACGGCAGGCGGAGGUGGUUUCCGAGGAUGGCUCGAGCGCGUUCGCGGGCCUGGAGCGCACCGUCGCGGAGCUCAGGCUCGAGCUCAACGACCGGGACCAGGAUGCGUUGCUCACUGACCUCGAAAUAGGUCAGCUUCCGGAGGCGAAGGGUGAAAACGUCACGCACAGCGUCAUCGUGCUCGCUGGCCGCCUGGGGGUGACCCUGGACGAGCGGGACGUGGUGUUCGUGGAGCGCGUGGGCACGCCCCCGGCGGGGGCGGGCGAGGCGCGCGCGCCGUAUGGUGGUGCGCCUGGCGCGGCGCCAGCUGCGUGA